AUGGAGUUUGAAGAUAUUCCUACUAUAAAUGAUAUUCCUGUGCCAGAUGAGGAUGAACAAGUCAAAGAAGAGUUGCAGCGACUAGGUCAACCUGUCUUUAUAAACGGAGAAGAUGACGAUGGUCGACGAGAAAGAUUGAAAAACUUGCUUAACCACGAUAACGGACAAGGUGAACUAAUAGAUGAAGAUGACGAAGAUGAAGAGUUUUACACACCAGGACCAGAAGUGUUAUACAACACACGACUUCGAAUACUUCGCGAUGCACUAAGCAAAGCAUCUGAUCGGCUUAAACUCCAGCGCCAAAUUGUUAAAGAGAAUCCUGAGUUUAUCAAAGUUCUUAAAUUUAGGCGAGAUAUCAAUUCUAAACUAUCUUUGAUUGAAUUGUAUGGAUCGCAGGUCAUUCCAGACAUCACUAGAGCUAUAUCAAGUGUCAAGUUUUCCAACCAAUCAGACUUGAUCGCAUGUGGAUCCUGGGAUGGAUCGAUCCAUGUUUUGAACAGUACAGACUUGAAUCCAGUUACGAAACUUUCUACGGGCCAUAUAGAAAAAGUUGGAUCGCUUGAUUGGAGACCUGAUACUGAGGAGAACAUACUUUUAUCGGGAGGCAACGAUGGUAAUAUACGGAUGUGGGGCAUUAAUGCUAAUACUCCAACUACAAACCCACUUUCAACACUUACAGAAGCACACACGGAUCGAAUUACAAGUACAAUGUUCCAUCCAAUAAAUGAUCUUGCCAUUUCCACAUCUUUUGACCAAACAUGGAAAUUAUGGGAUCUCACAAAACAAACCGAGCUAUAUCAACAAGAAGGACAUUCAAAAGGGAUAUUUUGUGGAUCAGUUCACCCAGAUGGUUCAUUAUUCCUCUCUGGUGGAUUAGAUGGAAUAAUCUACGUAUGGGAUCUACGUUCAGGAAGAGCAUUGAUGCCACUACAAAAACAUAUGCAAGGAAUAUAUGGAUUAGAUUGGUCGCCAAACGGACACGAGUUUGCAAGUGCUUCUGGUGACUGUUCGGUUAAGAUUUGGGAUAUGAGGAAAUUAGACCAUAGCGGUAAAGAGUUGCAUACAAUUCCUGCACACACAAAACUAGUGAGCAAUGUCAAAUUCUUCAGAAAAAGCACAAAAGAUGUACAGACUAAUAAUGGCACAUUCCUCGUCACUAGUUCAUACGAUGGAAUUGUUAAUGUUUGGUCUGCAGAUAAUUGGGUUAAAGUCAACACACUAAAGGGACACGGGGAUAAAGUCAUGAGUUGCGAUAUUGGGGUUAUUGAUGAUCAUUUCACAAUCGUUAGUAGCGGAUGGGACAGAAGUGUCAAAUUGUGGAAAAAUAAUUGA